AUGGAAGGAUUAUUGGCGCCCGCUCGACCAGUUCGAAGAUCAACGGGAGUCAAGGUGAUCAAGGUGAAACCGGCAUAUACCGAUGUAUGGCAAAGUAGCUCUAUGAAGAUAUUGACGACGGACGGAUAUGGCUUCCCUGUAAUAUCUGGUUAUCCUGUCCAAGAUGAUCCGCUUCAAGACCUUUCACAAGCAACAAUGGUAUUAUUGGUAAAUCUUGGACUUCGCAGCGCACAAAUUUUUGUGAAUGCAAUUGUGAUGUCGUGUUUCCACGAGCCAAGUGUCCUUUCGGUAAUUGAUAUUGGACGGAUGGUCCUCGUCAUCGCAAAUCCAACACGAAUACCAGAUGAAAAUAGAGAUUUGAGCUUUUUGACGCCCCGUCCUCAUCAGACUUUCCAGUCUCCAUCUUCUGAUCACAAAUCAGAACCUUCUAGUCGGCAGGUGACGAAACUCUACGACCAAAGUAACCCCCGUGUACGUCGGUUAUUUUAG